AUGCACUUUGAUGGAGCCAUAGAUGCUUCAACAGGCGAAGCACAAAAUCCUGAAAUGGUCACGUUUUAUAAUAUGACUAAAGUUGAGGUUGACCUUUUAGAUCAAUUGUGUCAAAAAAAUAACGUGCAACGCAGUACAAGACAGUGGCCCAUGGUACUGUUUUAUGAUUUUCUCAACAUAGCGGCAAUAAAUUCGUUUUGUAUCUAUAGACACCACUGUGCAGCUUCAACAACAAAUGCAAAAAGAGCUGAAUUUCUAGAAAACCUCAGUUGGGCUCUAAUAAAACCACAAAUAGAACGGAGGGCGAAAAUCGAAACCCUCCCAAGGGAGCUUCGCAGAAGAGCUAAGUUACUUGUAGGGAUCCAGGAGGAGACAAUGCAGCAAUAUAAUAAAACCGGGUCACGAGGGCGGUGCUAUCAGUGCGGAAGGCAACGUAACAAAAUGAGCAGGAAAUGGUGUUACAAAUGUAAUGAUUGGGUCUGUGUAUACCACCUUAAAAAUAUUUGUACCAGUUGUGUUCAGAGUCAGUGA